UCUGGAAAUAUCUGUCGAAGUAUAUCGCGCCCUGUUGUGCAAAUUGAUCCACCGAGUUCCUUGGACGUUCUAGUGUAAAUUCCUUGACGCCGCUUGCAAAAGUAAACCGCACAAGUGUCGGGAGAACGAAUCUCAUCGAAAACUCAGGCGCGCACACUACACCAAUGACCAAUAUCGAGCAGCACCAUGACGUGGUUAAGGACAGUUUCUUUCACUUCAUCCGGAAACACAUUCCGCAAGCCGAUUUGAAGAUAGUCGACGAUAUCGUUCUCUCAUACGUAAUAUCAAUCCUUGAGGAAGCAUCCCAGGAUCCGUGCUUUGAUGUUGAAGGCUUCAUCGAAAUGAUGUCGGCGUAUUUCAACGACUUUGCCAACAUUGAACCGGCGACCGUGUGUGCAUGGAUUUUCGAGCUGGAAAGUAAAAUCUCAAACAAGAAUCAGAUUCCCAGCGCAGAGUCGGGCAACCUAUCGCUCAAUUCCCUGUCGCUGGCCGACAUGAUACCGGAGGAAAAACUGCGCGGUCGUCAUUCAUCCGAAAGCAGCGACCGGGAAGUGCUCGGGAACGAUGUGCACAAGCGAACCCAUCGUCUGUCCGACAGUGACGGAGGGUCGACCGAAGGGCCCAACUUCGAUCUGUUCGCCGAGCAGUGCGAAGUGCUGCAGGAGAUGUUUCCCGAUAGUUCGUUCAUUGAGGUUAAGCAUUGCAUCCUGAUCGCGAAUGGGGAUGUAGAUCGCGCCACACAGAUACUACUCCACCGCCAGGAGGCUGGCCAAAGCCUGAAGGGAACGUCCCACAAUAUUCAGGCCAACAAGCCUAUCGACGAGCAUGAGCUGAAAAAUCGUAUCAUCUCGAAGUACUCGUACGUCGAUAAGGAGGACAACCGAGAGUAUAAACCGGUCGCACCGAAGGUGGAACCGAAGAAGCUGAUCCGGUAUCGUGACAACAAGAUUGUCUCGCUCAAGGGCGAACGCUACACGGAGGUGUCUCGCCGGGGCGGCGAAGAAGAGACUGAGCUUAAGAAACCUAAGAAACCUAUUUGUCCGUAACUAAUGAUACUCAUCUAUAAUUUAACUAGUUCAUAGCGAAACGCCCCAAGCUUCAUUGAAGCUGUAGUGAACGUACGCGAGCAGACGAACAAUAGUAACACGUCGCAGUGGCGAAACGGUGCGCGAGCAGAGCCCAGUGCACGGAUUAUUCCCCACUGCGCGCGCGUCAGUCGGUCAGUACGCGUUGGACAACCCUUCCCCGUACGGUGAUAACACCGCCACCACCAUGACUAUUAGUCAUUCUUCUCGAAACAAGCAGAAAACUACGAACCAAUUCGCAUAAUGAAUUGAACGGUCCGAUAAGUUCACGUUACUGUAGUACCGGAAAUUUGGUGCCGCGCAAAACAGGAAGCUACCUUAUUUCUCAUCGUAUUUUAUAAUUGUACAAACUGUUUGUAUUGUAUGUUAGUCAGGCACAACGUUUAUCGAACGACUGCCGUACUUAAAAUAUCGUAUCAACUAGUGGAACCGAUGCCGCGGAAGGAUUUGUUUCGUUUUUGUUUUUUUUUCUUUCCGUGCCCAGCAACGGUCCGUUUCGGAUGUGUUUCGUGGUCGGUUUUACCUUCAGUUCCUGGCUACGGAAACAUACAGGGCGUAUGGCUUUUACCGUGCAUUCCCACUCUCCUCCGUAAGCUUAAGUUAGUCGAAGUGAGUGUAUAACGAAGUAUUUGAUGGAUAA